AAUGCUGGCGGAUACGGAGGUCUCCUCACAGGAGGGCUGCAUCAAAAAGCAGAUCUCGGAGGAGCUGGGCAGUGAGAAGUUCUGCGUGGACGCGCACCAGGCCGGGACCGGCAGCUGGCUCAAGUACAUCCGCGUGGCGUGCUCCUGCGACGACCAGAACCUCACCCUGUGCCAGAUCAGCGAGCAGAUUUAUUACAAGGUCAUUAAGGACAUCGAGCCGGGCGAGGAGCUGCUGGUCCACAUCAAGGAGGGGGCCUACUCCCUGGGCGUGGUGCCGCCCAGCCUGGAUGAGGAGCCCACGUUCCGCUGCGAGGAGUGCGACGAGCUCUUCCAGUGCAAGCUAGACCUGCGGCGCCACAAGAAGUACGCGUGCGGGGCGGCGGGGGCCGCGCUCUACGAGGGCCUGGGCGAGGAGCUGAAGCCCGACGGCCUGGGCGCGGGCGCCGGCGACGGACAAGUGCACGAGUGCAAGGACUGCGAGCGGAUGUUCCCCAACAAGUACAGCUUGGAGCAGCACAUGAUCGUCCACACGGAAGAGCGAGAGUACAAGUGUGACCAGUGUCCCAAGGCCUUCAACUGGAAGUCCAACCUCAUCCGCCAUCAGAUGUCCCACGACAGCGGCAAGCGCUUCGAAUGUGAAAACUGCGUGAAGGUGUUCACGGACCCGAGCAACCUGCAGCGGCACAUCCGCUCUCAGCACGUGGGCGCCCGGGCCCACGCCUGCCCCGACUGCGGCAAGACCUUCGCCACGUCCUCGGGCCUGAAGCAGCACAAGCACAUCCACAGCACGGUGAAGCCUUUCAUAUAUGUUUUAGGUGAGGUCUGGCCACAAGUCCUACACGCAGUUCUCCAACCUGUGCCGGCACAAGCGAUGCACGCGGACUGCCGCACGCAGAUCAAGUGCAAGGACUGCGGCCAGAUGUUCAGCACUACCUCCUCCUCAACAAGCACCGGCGCUUCUGCGAGGGCAAGAGCCAUUACGCGCCGGGCGGCCUCUUCGCCCCGGGCCUGCCCCUCGCGCCCGGCCCCCGGCCUGGACAAGGCCAAGCCCCGCCCCCGGCCUCAACCACGGGGGCCUGGCUUCACCGAGUUCUUCCCGUCGCGGCCGCACCCGGGGGGCCUGCCCUUCUCGGCCGCGCCCCCGGCCUUCCCCCGCGCUCACCGCCGCGGCUUCCCGGGCAUCUUCCCGCCGUCCCUGUACCCCCGGCCGCCCCUGCUACCUCCCGCGCCGCUGCUCAAGAGCCCCCUGGGCCACGCCCCCGACGUCAAGCUCCAGCCCGCUGGCGAACCCCCGCCCCGCCCCUGGUCUCGGCCGUCCACGACGGCGGCGGCCAGGGCGGCCCCGGCCCCCGCGGGCGCGGACGGGAAGCCCGAGGGCCGCCCGGAGGACGGGUACGCGGAGAAGACCGAGGCCCGGAGCCCCGACGUGUCCGACGGCAGCGACUUCGAGGACCUCAACACCACGACGGGCACCGACCUGGACACCACCACCGGCACGGGCUCCGAGCUGGACAGCGACGCCGACAGCGACCGCCGGCAAGGCCCGGGCCGGGGGGCCGGGCGGGGCCGGGCGCGGCGGAGCGGGGGGCCGGCGCGGCGGCCGCGGGGGCCGGGGGCGGCCCGGCCGAGGGGCCCCGUCUUCUACGCGCAGCACUCGUUCUUCCCGCCGCCCGAGGAGCAGCUCCUGGCCGCGUCGGGCGCCGCGGGCGACUCCAUCAAGGCCAUCGCCUCCAUCGCCGAGAAGUACUUCGGGCCCGGCUUCAUGGGCAUGCAGGAGAAGAAGAUGGGCGCGCUGCCCUACCACUCCGUCUUCCCCCUUCCAUUCCUGCCCAACUUCCCGCACUCCCUGUACCCCUUCACGGACCGGGCCCUCACGCACAGCCUGCUGGUCAAGGCCGAGCCCAAGUCGCCCCGGGACGCCCUCAAGGCGGGCGGCCCCAGCUCCGAGUGCCCCUUCGACCUCACCACCAAGCCCAAAGAGGCGAAGCCCGUCCCGCCGGCGCCCAAGGCGCCCUCCGCCCCCCGCGUCCGGGAGGAGCAGCCGCUGGACCUGAGCAUCGGCAGCCGGGCCCGGGCCAGCCAGAACGGGGGCGGCCGGGAGCCCCGGAAGAACCACAUCUACGGCGGCGAGCGGAAGCUGGGGGCCGGCGAGGGGCUCCCCAAAGUGUGCCCGGCGCAGCUGCCCCAGCAGCCCUCUCUGCACUAUGCCAAGCCCUCGCCCUUCUUCAUGGACCCCAUCUACAGGGUAGAAAAGCGGAAGGUGACAGACCCCAUGGGAGUGCUCAAGGAGAAGUACCUGCGGCCCUCACCGCUGCUGUUCCACCCGCAGAUGUCCGCCAUCGAGACCAUGACGGAAAAGCUGGAGAGCUUCGCAGCCAUGAAGGCCGACUCCGGCAGCAGCCUGCAGCCCCUGCCCCACCACGCCUUCAACUUCCGCUCCCCGCCCCCCACGCUCUCGGACCCCAUCCUCAGGAAGGGCAAGGAGCGGUACACGUGCAGGUACUGCGGCAAGAUCUUCCCGCGAUCGGCAAACCUCACCCGGCACCUGAGGACGCACACCGGGGAGCAGCCGUACAGGUGCAAGUACUGCGACAGGUCCUUCAGCAUCUCCUCCAACCUGCAGCGGCACGUGCGCAACAUCCACAACAAGGAGAAGCCCUUCAAGUGCCACCUGUGCAACCGCUGCUUCGGCCAGCAGACCAACCUGGACAGACACCUGAAGAAGCACGAGCACGAGGGCGCGCCAGUGAGCCAGCAUGCGGGCGUCCUCACGAACCACCUGGGCACCAGCGCCUCGUCCCCCACCUCCGAGUCCGACAACCACGCACUUUUAGACGAGAAGGAAGACUCCUAUUUCUCUGAAAUCAGAAACUUCAUCGCCAACAGCGAGAUGAGCCAGGCCUCCACGCGGACGGACAAAAGGCCCGAGGCCCAGGAUCUCGACGGCAACCCCCCGUGCCCGGGCUCCGCCAGCGAGAAGCCGGAGGAUGUGGAGGAGGAGGAAGAGGAGGAGCUGGAGGAAGAGGAUGACGACAGCCUGGCCGGCAAGUCGCAGGACGACAUGGUGUCCCCCACCCCCGAGCCCCAGGGAGUCUACGAGGAUGAGGAGGAUGAAGAGCCACCUGCCUCCCUGGCCGUGGGCUACCAGCACAGCCGAAGGUGUGUUGAGGAGCGAGGAGGCAGUCUGUUAGCUUUGGAGCCGACGGCGACCUUUGGGAAGGGGCUGGACCUCCGCAGAGCAGCUGAGGAAGCGUUUGAAGUGAAAGAUGUGCUAAGUUCCACCUUAGAUUCUGAGGCUUUAAAACAGACCCUGUACAGGCAGGCUAAGAACCAGGCCUACGCAAUGAUGCUGUCUCUCUCCGAGGACGCGCCGCUCCGCGCCCCCGCCCCGAGCUCGCUGGACGCUUGGUUGAACAUGGCGGGAGCCACGCCCGAGUCCGGGGCCUUCAGCUCCAUCAAGCACCUCUGAGAGGCCCGGGGGCCCGGGGCCCGAGUCGGAAGCCGGGGGGGCCGCCGCGGGACGGAGGGGCAGCCGGGGAGC